GUUUAUGUUCAUGAGGCCCAUCAUGUCGACCUGCAGAGGAAUCAGAUCUCUGUUGCCUUGUGAUGCUCUAAGUCCAUUGAUAUGAUGUGCUAUAAUACCGUAUGCCUAUCGGUGUAUAUUUCGUGUUAUAAUCCAGUAAAACCCAUCUAUCUAUGUGUUGCGUCAUGUUGCUGUAAACCCAACUGUCUCGAAUACGUAGAGUACAAGACUGCCAUUCUGAUUAAGUUGGCACAGACACCGCCCCUUACUACCCACUGUGUUCGUGACAACAUUUUAUAACACUGUUUCACUUUACUUCCCAUAGCAUCCUUAUUGUACAGUGCAUUUUCAAUCAGUAUUGUUAUGAGUCAAUUCCAGACCGAACCCCUUAACAUAUAUGAAUAUAAUAUACACAUUGGCGGAUCCAGGGAUUUGAGAAAGGGGGAGAGGGUCUAGCAUUUGUUCUUUUAGGUACUUUCACAACCUCCAUCCACACCCCCAUUUACACCCUUUGCUUGUGUACAAAACGUCUUAGGGGGAUCUUGAGACAGUUUUUAUACAUGAAAAUGCUUAGUUUAUAUUUACUAUUUGUUUCCAAAGUUCUAGUCGUUCUAAUCGCCAUACUCAUACCUUAUUUCUCAAUAAUAAAAAAAAAAAAUGCUGAUUUAAAGGUUACUCCCAAUAGGCUGGGGGCCACUUAGGUCCCUGAAGCUCUGCGGUAAAUUGUACAAAAUCCUGCAUUCUGUGCAUUUUUUGGCACUUUUUUUCACUUUUAAAUUGUCUACCUCUUGAACAAAACUUUUAUGUUGCAUAUACUUUUUUGAAGAAUGCGUAAGUGAUACUUGUAUCUGACAAAAAUACCGUAAAUUUUUAUUGAUGUGUGUCGUCUUAUUUAUCCUAGAGUUAAAUGAUAUACUGGUGUUGAUAAAUUUGAAUGAUGCAUCUCAUGUAAGUAUCCACCUUUCAUAUUAUGUUGACUCAAAGACUCGUUAAAAUAGAAAAGCUCUUACUUUUUGGUCCGCGAAAAGAAGUGGGAGGGGGUGUUCGGACCCCCCCCCUCACCUUCUGGAUCCACCCUUGAUACAUGUGUGUAUAUAUGAUGCCAUGUAGUUAGAAUGUUUAAUUGUUAAAAUUGUAUAUGCUCCCUGAGGGCCAUUGAUUGAUGAAUAAAUAAAUAUAAUAUUGUGUUAGAAAACUGUAAAUAUAUAUGUUUAUAUGUGUUAUAAUCUACCGUUAUUUAUGUUUUAUCCUGUAAACCCAUGUAUCGUGUGUUUGUUGUGUAACAAAACUGUAAACCGUCUGUCUAUAUAUUACGUUAAAUUACUGUAACCGUCAACCGGUCUACUUACAUAUAGUAUUUAUAUGUCAGGUUAUACAAAAAGUGUGAGUAUAAGAUAACUACUGAAUUGCAUUUUAUGUAGAAUAUUAAUUAUUGUUUACGUACAAAUCUAGUGAUUUUGAAAACCUUUUCGACGUAUAGUUUAAAAACCUUCACUUUAUCGUUGAAUUCGUUAUUAUUUUUUAAAUUUCAUUAUUGUUGUACAGUAUGCUUGUUUGUGAUGCGAGAUUUGUUGACAUGAUUAUAUUCCUGGAUAUGCUAUGAAAUACCUCUAAACUGAAUGUAAAUGCACGUCAUUUUAGAGCUUCUUGCUACUUCUUUCGCUAUUCAUGUACAUUUUUUUUAAAUGAAAAAAAAAGGGGGGGGGGAGUAUAUAAUUUAUGUGUAUUUUAUGUAUUAAAUGUGACCUCUUCGCAAAUUUCAUCGUUGGUCACAAGAAGCUUUUAAAAGCGAUGGAGAAUUUAUUAAUUUAUUUUUUAACUGUCGUUAUUCAUUGAUAUAAUCAUGUUUAUUAUAAUACCGUCCAUGAGAUACAGGUACAUCUAAAUGUGUGCCUAAUUAAUGUUAUAGAUUUAACCGACACUUUCCGUAAACUUCUAUAAUUAAAUUUCCAUGGCAUCUGUACCGAGUCAUGUACCGCCACACCACUCACGCUUUCUCUCUGCUGCACUGGCCUGUCAUUUGAGAUCCAUGUAUUUGCUUCUGAAGCAGAAACUGACAACUGCAACCCCGCCCUAACAACUCCCUCCACUUACCACGUGAUCAAAGAUAGACAGAAAGACGUCGAAAAUUUAUAUUAUAUUAUAUGCUUCAUUAGUCAAAGGUAUGUUUGGUUCUCAAAAUGUCGGAGACUACAAACGAAAUUUUGUCAAGCUCAGCCUCCAAUGAUAGUUUGUAUGAGUUCAAAAUGCGGCUGAUGCGACCUCCAACAAAAUUUCUGGAAUCAGGAUUUAGUGAAAACAAUUUUGAUAACAAAAUAUGGAAACAUUCUUUUUUGCCGAGCGAAUUUUCAUCGAAUUGUAAAUAUGGAUCAAAGGUUUCGUUUGGAAUUGCAGCAAGACUUGAGAACACUUCGAAUUGUAAAACUGUUGAGAACGAAGAGGACGAAUGCGUGGAAACCAAGAAAAUUAAAUCAGAAAAGUUUGAGGAAAAUUCUAAAUCUUCUACUGGAAAAGUGAAAAUUGAAGAUGAAAACAAAUACACAGAUCCUGAUCAAAAACCACCCUUUUCUUACGUAGCUUUGAUAGCCAUGGCGAUAAAAGAAUCCACGGAAAAACGUCUAACGCUCAGUGGAAUAUACCAAUUUAUCAUUAGCAAAUUUCCAUAUUACGAGAAAAAUAAGAAAGGCUGGCAAAACAGUAUUCGCCACAACCUAAGCUUAAAUGAAUGCUUCGUGAAAGUUCCCCGCGAAGGUGGUGGUGAGAGAAAAGGAAAUUUCUGGACCUUGGAUCCGGCGUUUGAAGACAUGUUUGAAAAAGGAAAUUACCGCCGUCGCCGAAGAAUGAGGCGUCCAUAUCGCGCCGCUUUAUCUCUUCCCAAACCCAUAUUCUCCCCAGACAGCCACUGUGCACCUUACAAUCAAUUCUCCUUCACCAAGCCUUAUUUUUCUCCCCCACCCUACUCACAGUAUUCCCAAUACCCCGGAUGGGCUCAAGCUUUGGCGCACAAUUCUUCACAAGGAAUGGCGAGUGCUAUGAACCAGAUUAACAACUACAGCUCUUGUACCCAGGGUCGAGUUCCACCACCGGGUACCUCACUGACACAGUGCAGCUACAACGCAAUGCAGCAAGCCAUGCAGAUAUCCCCAUCACAUGCCCCUACAUACACACAACUGAAUGACUACACCGCCGUCCCCACCCCCGGGACGGGAUUCCCCUUCGCCUACAGGCAACAGAGCGACUCGCUGAAUCAUAUGCAUUACACGUACUGGAGCGACAGAUGAAUGAGGGAAAAAGACGACAGAUGAAUGAGGGAAAAAGACGAGGAAGACAGAAAAUAACACUGUGUGAGGAAUUCAAAUCUAGACAUGAAUUCGUCGUUCAAUUCAUCUAUGCACCUGUGCUGAUACAUUUUAUAUAUAUACUAAAAUAAUUUAUUUGUAGCGACUGAUUCCCAUAAAAUAAAUUGCUUAAAAUAAA